UCACAGCCUCUGAGAGAGAAGAGCGAGCUGGGGAGAGCGGGGCAGUUCGGAGGGGAGGACUGGUGCGAGUCAGGCGGCCCUUGUGGCUCUGCUCGCCCACCUUCCACCCGGCCCCUCUUCUUCAGUUUCUCUCCCUCUCUCUCCCUCUCUCCCUCUCUCUUUUCUCUGCCUUUUCUUUUUUUCUUUCUUUCUUUUCCCAAACCCUUGAUAUAGCCAAAGGAAGGAGGUAAGGGAAGCCCUCCCCCCCCAAAAAAAAAACCAAUAAAAUUUUUCCAGUCCCGAACGAGUGGUCGCCGGCUGCCAUGGAGCUGCUGUGCUGCGAGGUGGACCCGGUCCGCAGGGCCGUGCCCGACCGCAACCUGCUGGACGACCGAGUCCUGCAGAACUUGCUAACUAUCGAGGAGCGCUAUCUCCCCCAGUGCUCCUACUUCAAGUGCGUGCAGAAGGACAUCCAGCCGUACAUGCGCAGGAUGGUGGCCACCUGGAUGCUAGAGGUCUGUGAGGAACAGAAGUGUGAAGAGGAAGUCUUCCCUCUGGCCAUGAAUUACCUGGACCGUUUCUUGGCGGGGGUUCCCACUCCUAAGACCCAUCUUCAGCUCCUGGGUGCAGUCUGCAUGUUCCUGGCCUCCAAGCUCAAAGAGACCAUCCCACUGACCGCUGAGAAGCUGUGCAUCUAUACCGACAACUCCGUCAAGCCCCAGGAGCUGCUGGAGUGGGAACUAGUGGUGCUGGGCAAACUGAAGUGGAAUCUGGCUGCCGUCACCCCUCACGACUUCGUUGAACACAUCCUUCGAAAGCUGCCCCAGCAGAAAGAGAAGUUGUCUCUGAUCCGCAAGCACGCACAGACCUUCAUCGCUCUGUGUGCUACUGACUUCAAGUUUGCCAUGUACCCGCCAUCGAUGAUCGCAACUGGAAGUGUGGGAGCAGCCAUCUGUGGGCUCCAGCAGGACGAGGAAGUGAACGCACUCACAUGCGAUGCCCUCACCGAGCUGCUGGCCAAGAUCACCCACACUGAUGUGGAUUGUCUCAAAGCCUGCCAGGAGCAGAUCGAGGCUGUCCUGCUCAACAGCUUGCAGCAGUUCCGUCAGGAGCAGCGUGAAGGCUCCAAGUCCGAGGAGGAACUGGACCAAGCCACGACCCCUACAGACGUGCGGGACAUUGACCUGUGAGGGUGCCGUUCCGGGCCUGUGAGAGAGGCGCAUUUGUCAUCUGCUCUCUCCCUUCUCUCUGGUUAUGUUUUGUUCUUUGUGUUUUAGGAUGAAACUUUAAAAAAAAAAUCUGCCCCCAUCUAGAUCAUAUUUAAAGGUCUUUUAGAAGUGAGAGAAAAAAGGUCCUAUAAAAACAGAAUAAUUCAAAGCGUUUGGUGCCUAUUGAAAGUACAACAUAAGGGAAUCCCUUGUAUAUGCGAACAGUUAUUGUGUGGUGAUGUUAAAGUCAUAGUAAAAUGCUUAAAGGAAAACCUAGCUAGAGAGUAUGUAUGCCUGCAAUAUGGGAACAAAUUAGAAGAGACUGUUGUCUGUGCUUAUGAACUAGAGCAUACACCCCUUUUAGUAGACUGCAAGGAACUAUGUACGCCAAUCACAGCAUGAUUAGAUUGCAAAGCAACGAACUCAAAAAGAAAUGAGAAACAAGGAGGGACAUGCUUGGGGAGGGAGCACAAAACAACCUGUCAAUACAACUGAACCAUUGUGGAUGUAAGGAGUACCUUCACGCCUAGCCACGUGUUUCUAAGACUGAGCACAGUGGGGUCUCUACCUUCCACACUCAGGCUGUCUGCAGUAGCUGCUAUCUAAGGGAGAUGUGUUUUGCUAGACACAGGUGAUUGGCUCCUGGGUCUCAUGUUUGGUGACUUUGUGCUUCUUCCCAAUAUGGUUCAUUGUAGACACACCCAACUGUUCUCUAAUAGAGGGACUUAGCUACAGGCCAUAACCAAAACUCAUCUGAAAUGGGGGCAGAUGGAGACCACAGGUGGGAUCUGAAAUGAAUCUUCCCUUGUAAUGAAAGAGUGUGGGGUGACCUUGAAUCCCUUAUUAGGAAAAACUUAAUUUCUGGUGCUGAUUGGCAGGUCUGGUCCACAGUUUAGCAUUGUUAUAAACCA